GGCAAUUAUCAGGCAGCUGGUGGAGAGCAGCAACAGUCCAGAAUGGAUCUUUGCCACUUGUCGGGAGCCAGAGGGACCCCGUGCCCAGGAAAAUGGCAUUGAAGAAAUGGAGGUGGAGAAAGAGGAACACCCAAAUUGUCAAAGAGAAACUAAUUUGUGUGAAUGGUUCAGGAGAAUGUGCCUGAAGCAUAAAAUUCUCAUCUCGCUCUGGAUUUCUUAUGGAGUUGAGGAACUUGGCUGCCAAGCACCAGGGAGUCAAGAUCAUCCAACUCGAAGUUACUGAGCCAUGCAGCGUCCAGGCUGCUGCAGCCAGAGUCACGGAGCACCUGCAAGGAGCCGGGCUGAAUCUCCUGAUCAACAAUGCCGGGAUUGUAAAGCCAAGUACUUUGGAAUCUGAGACACCAGAGAACAUGUCCGAGGUGUACAAAAACAAUGUGAUAGGGCCCAUGGUGGUGAGCCAGGCAUUCCUGCCCUUGCUGAGGAAGGCGUCUAAGGAGAGCCCCCAAAAAGGGAUGAGCUGUAGCAAAGCUGCCAUUGUCAAUGUGUCCAGUAAAGGAGGCUCCAUCACAAAUCCCAUAUUCUUUCAUGUGGGACACUUCAUUAAUUACCGCUGCAGCAAGGCUGCUCUGAACAUGCUCACUCGGUGCCAGUCCCUGGCGCUUGCCGAAGACAAGAUCUUGAGUGUUGCCCUGUAUCCUGGAUGGGUGCAGACGGACAUGGGAAAUACAAUAGGGCAGCCUCCAUUAACAGCAGAUGCUAGUGUAAAGAAAAUCUUAAACACCCUUGGCCACCUGUCUGAGAAGAACAAUGGCACUUUUGUGAACUGGGAGGGGGAGACCGUUGCUUGGUGAGAGAUCGAACUGUCCUCCUUGGCUGCUAUGCCGAAAGAAUAUCUCACCCAUGUGAAUGUGGAUUUGAAUGCCGGAAUAACUGUGUUCUCAACUGCAAUAAACUUAACAUGACUU